AUGGAUGAAGUACAAAAGAAGGUGCAAGCUGUAUCUACGUUUUCUCUCAGUACUGAUGGUUGGACGUCGAGGAAUAAUGAAAGCUAUAUAGCCAUUGUAGCCCACUUUAUAGAUGAAGAGACUAAACUUCAGUCAGCAUUACUUGGUUGUAUUAAUUAUAAAGAGCGGCAUACCUGCCAAGACUUGUGCAAUUUCAUGAAAGACGUUAUGACAGACUGGCAUAUUUCCCACAAAGUUGCUGCUAUUGUUAGCGAUAAUGCUGCAAAUAUCUUAUCUGCUGUCAGACUUGGUGAGUGGCGAUCAGUCUCAUGUUUCGCCCACUCUCUAAAUCUUGCUGUACAAGAAGCCACUAAAGAAAUAUCGGACAUUUUGGCGCAAGUUAAAGAUAUUGUCGAGUUUUUCAAUCGUAGUACACAAGACCAAAAAAAACUGAUUGCUACACAACAGCAAAUGAAUCUGCCUGUCCUCGAGCUCAAACAGGGCGUCCAGACCCGCUGGAAUUCUACUGUUGACAUGCUUCAGCGAAUAAUGAAGGUAAAGGAUGCAGUGAUUGCUACGUUAGCACUUCUGCUUUCUGACCUAACAAUAACAGAAAGUGACUGGCAAAUAAUAGGAGUUGUGCUCUUACUUAGUCCAUUCUAUGGAAUUACGGUAAAAAUAAGUGCCAAAAGAAAUCUCACUUUUGUCAAAAGUUAUUGUGUUUUGUAA